UGCUCUAUGCACACAGGAACACCAGAUUGCCAUCCCUGGGGAACAGAAUGCAACCAGGGAUCUGGAGAGCUGUCACAUUCCAAGAAAUAUUUAAAUUGUGCUGAUUUUCUUCUGGAGAACUGAGCCCAGGGAAUGAAACUCUCCAUCAAGUCAUAGCUUUGCGGGCAAUAGAUCAGAGGAUAUUGCCAGUUUUCUAAUGGAUUAUUGUUAUCGGGCAGGUUUUCUCUGAAGCUUCUCAGCUGCUGUUACAUCCUUCUUGGAUGGGGACUGGAGAUCAGCCAGAUCAGUUGUAUGCACAAAGCCGCUUUGGAUCUGUCUUUUCAAACAAGAGCUGCAGAAAACGUUAUAGCAAGGUUGACGCUUUAUUCCACUCUGAUUCACCCAGAAAGCACAACCCUGAUUUUGCCUGAGAAAGACUACCAACAGGACCUGAAAUUGUAUCAACAUUUUCUGUACAGGACAGAUUAUGACAGCUUCUUUCUUAAGGAUAGAAUGUUUAAAUUUUGUCAAAUGAAGCAUAUUUUUGAAAUACUCGAUAAAAUGAGAUGCCUGCGAAAACGUUCCACGGUGUCGUUCUUGGGAGUUCUUGUCAUUUUCCUUCUCUUUAUGAACUUGUACAUUGAAGACAGCUAUGUUCUGGAAGGAGACAAACAACUUAUAAGGGAAACAUCCACACAUCAGCUGAAUUCAGAACGUUAUGUGCACACUUUCAAAGAUUUCUCUAAUUUCUCAGGAGCCAUCAACGUCACCUAUCGCUACUUAGCUGCCACACCUCUACAAAGAAAGCGGUUUCUUACAAUCGGACUUUCGUCAGUGAAACGAAAAAAAGGAAACUAUUUACUUGAGACAAUCAAGUCAAUUUUUGAGCAAUCCAGCUAUGAAGAGCUGAAGGAAAUUUCAGUGGUGGUUCACCUAGCGGACUUUAAUUCAUCCUGGCGUGAUGUCAUGGUCCAGGAUAUUACACAGAAAUUUGCCCACCAUAUUAUUGCAGGAAGAUUAAUAGUUAUACAUGCUCCAGAGGAAUAUUACCCAAUCCUGGAUGGCCUUAAAAGAAAUUACAAUGAUCCAGAAGACAGAGUCAGAUUUCGUUCUAAGCAAAAUGUAGAUUAUGCUUUUCUGCUUAAUUUUUGUGCCAAUACUUCAGACUAUUAUGUAAUGCUUGAAGAUGAUGUUCGAUGCUCAAAAAAUUUCUUAACUGCUAUCAAGAAAGUCAUUACAUCCCUAGAAGGAACCUACUGGGUAACUCUUGAGUUCUCUAAGCUUGGCUACAUUGGAAAACUUUAUCAUUCUCAUGAUCUCCCACGUUUGGCACACUUUUUAUUAAUGUUUUAUCAAGAAAUGCCUUGUGAUUGGUUACUGACUCAUUUUAGGGGUCUUUUAGCUCAGAAGAAUGUGAUCCGUUUUAAACCAUCUCUCUUUCAGCACAUGGGUUAUUAUUCUUCAUAUAAAGGAACUGAGAAUAAGCUGAAGGAUGAUGAUUUUGAAGAGGAGUCAUUUGACAUCCCUGAUAACCCUCCUGCAAAUCUUUAUACCAACAUGAAUGUUUUUGAAAAUUAUGAAGCAAGCAAGGCUUACAGUAGUGUUGAUGAGUACUUUUGGGGGAAACCACCUUCAGCAGGAGACGUCUUUGUGAUUAUAUUUGAAAAUCCAAUUUUAAUUAAAAAAAUUAAAGUGAGUACUGGAACAGAAGAUCGGCAAAAUGACAUUUUGCAUCAUGGAGCCCUAGAUGUUGGGGAAAAUGUUGUAGAUUUCAAACAAAGUAGACAAUGUGUUACUUACUUAAGACUAGGGGAAUUCAAAAGUGGAAACUUUGAAAUGUCAGAGGUGAAUCAAAAAAUUCCAUUUGAUAUAAAUUGUAUAAGGAUAUAUGUUACCAAAACACAAAAGGAAUGGCUGAUUAUUAGGAGUAUUAGUAUUUGGACUUCUUAGCCAAUUAAAUCGAUACAUCCAGUUUCUGAAGCAGGCUUUCCUGUUUCCUUUUUUGCUAUCUUCCUCUUUUCCUACUUUUGUCCGUUGGAGGGAAAGCAAUGGAUGGGAUAUUUUCAAAGAAAAGUCUAUCAUUUUAGCAGUUUUGAUUUACAUAUUGUCAACAUAAUUUUAUUUCAAUCCACACUUGUAUUUAUUUUAACUCCUGAAGUUGAAUAUCAGUCCACAGUAAUGCUACUUUCAUUUAUAUUUUUAAUGUGAUCAUGUUAGUUCCAAAAUUUCAAGUAAAUGUAAAAAGGUGACACGAAGGAUUUAAAAUGACAAAAUUUAGUUUGAUGGAUGGUGAGUCUUGAAAAAUAGUUGCCAACUGUAUGCUCUUCUCAAGAAUUAAACAUUCAUUAUAUCAUCAGAUAGCUUUUAUUAAGCAUCUGUGUGAAUAUGCAGUUGGUUAGAAUGAUAAUUUUUUUUCUUGUAAACAUAGGUUUUCAUAGACUUCUGUCCAACUAC